AUGAGCUACAUCACCCGCCGUGGUCUUUCGACCUUGAUCCCUCCCAAGAUCGCUUCUCCCAACGCUAUCGGUGCUGCCCAGGAUGCUGCUCGCAUGGAGCGCGUUGUGAACUUCUACGCCGGUCUUCCCCGUGGCCCUGCUCCCCAGGCUAAGCCCACCGGCAUCCUCGGUCGCUACCAGGCUCGUUUCUUCAACAAGGGAUCUGCUGCUCCCCUUGCCCACGCCAUUGGAGGUAUCCUGAUCCUUGGCUACAGCAUGGAAUACUACUUCCACCUGCGCCACCACAAGAACCACCCUCACUAG